UAAAAUCGCCAAAAUUCAGUUUCAAUUAGGUACGUUACACAGUUAGAAGCGAAAUAAAAGUACUCGUGUGUCGGCGACGCGUGGGAUCGGACGUACCUCAUGUAAGAGCAGUUUUGUUAUGGCAUCAAUAAAAAUCUUUACGGAAACAUCUGCAGUCAUAAAAGCUGUCGUAUCGGUUUCGGCGAUGCUUAUGGAUCGCUACGAAGAGUGAGGCUGAAUCAGUUGGCGUCGAGGAUCGGAGGCGAGAAGGUGGUGAACGGGGUGGAAGGAUGGUCAUGGUUCCGAGGGGUCGGUAGUGCAGUGCGGCACGCGCCGGCGCGGAUCGAUCGCGCGACAUCGACCGCGCGGGGCGGGGCGCCGUCGCUCAGUCGCGCGCGGGCACGGCGUGCGGGCGCGCGCAUCGCUGCACGUGCAUGGCGCGCCUGACUGGAUGCCUCGCGCCCUCGGGGAAUGGCUUCGUCCGAGGAAGAGGCGACUACAGCGUCGACCGACACUUAUCCUGAAGAUGAUGACUGCCUCAGUGUACGAAAAUGGUGGUGCUUUCUGCUGUCGUCGAUUUUCACCUUCCUUGCGGGGUUGCUCGUGGUGCUGUUAUGGCGCGCGUGCGCGUUCGUCUGCUGCCACAAGGAGCCGGAGCUGGCACCCAACGACCCCAAGCAGAAGGAGCAGAAGGCGGCGCGGCAGGGCAAACAAGAGUUCGAGGGCACGUUCAUGACCGAAGCGAAAGACUGGGCCGGCGAACUCAUAUCCGGUCAGACCACCACCGGACGAAUACUGGUAGUGUUGGUGUUCAUCCUGAGUAUAGCAUCGCUCAUCAUCUACUUCAUUGACGCGUCCAGUGAAGAGGUUGAGCGAUGUCAGAAAUGGAGCGACAAUAUUACUCAGCAAAUCGACCUUGCCUUUAACAUAUUUUUUAUGGUCUACUUUUUUAUACGAUUUAUAGCAGCUAGUGACAAACUAUGGUUCAUGCUCGAGAUGUAUUCAUUUGUAGAUUAUUUCACGAUACCCCCAUCCUUUGUAUCAAUAUACCUCGAUAGAACGUGGAUAGGGCUGAGAUUUCUCAGAGCUCUACGCUUAAUGACCGUGCCUGAUAUUUUGCAAUACCUCAAUAUAUUAAAAACAUCGAGCUCAAUUCGGUUGGCGCAAUUAGUUUCUAUAUUUAUAUCAGUGUGGCUGACCGCUGCCGGCAUUAUUCAUUUGCUGGAAAACUCUGGUGACCCAUUAGAGUUCGAGAAUGCCCAGAAACUAUCGUACUGGACGUGUGUGUACUUCCUGAUAGUCACCAUGUCCACUGUAGGUUACGGUGACGUAUUCUGUCACACAGUACUUGGAAGAACAUUUUUGGUUUUUUUUCUCCUCGUUGGCUUGGCGAUAUUUGCCAGUUGUAUCCCAGAGAUAAUUGACUUAAUCGGCACUAGACCCAAGUAUGGCGGCACCCUCAAGAAUGAGCGGGGACGCAGGCAUAUUGUGGUCUGUGGACACAUAACUUACGAGUCAGUGAGCCAUUUUUUAAAAGACUUCCUACAUGAGGACAGAGAGGAUGUAGACGUCGAAGUUGUUUUUUUACACAGGAAACCGCCCGACCUGGAGCUCGAAGGCCUGUUCAAGAGGCACUUUACCACUGUGGAAUUCUUUCAAGGCACCAUUAUGAAUCCAAUCGACCUACAGAGGGUGAAAGUACAUGAAGCAGACGCGUGCCUGGUGCUGGCCAACAAGUACUGCCAGGACCCCGACGCGGAGGACGCCGCCAACAUCAUGAGAGUCAUCUCUAUCAAGAACUACUCCGACGACAUCAGGGUCAUCAUACAGCUGAUGCAAUAUCAUAAUAAGGCCUACCUCCUAAACAUUCCAUCAUGGGACUGGAAGCAAGGCGAUGACGUCAUCUGCUUGGCGGAGCUGAAACUGGGCUUCAUCGCGCAGAGCUGCCUCGCGCCCGGCUUCUCCACCAUGAUGGCCAACCUGUUCGCCAUGCGCAGCUUCAAGACGUCCCCCGACACACAAGCUUGGCAGAACGAUUACCUGCAGGGUACGGGCUGCGAGAUGUACACGGAGACACUGUCGACCUCCUUCACGGGAAUGAGCUUCCCGCAGGCGAGCGAAUUAUGCUUCACGAAGCUCAAGCUGCUGCUGCUCGCCAUCGAGAUCAAAGGCGAGGAGGGAGCCGACAGCAAGAUCUCCAUCAACCCGCGCAGCGCCAAGAUACACGCCAACACGCAAGGCUUCUUUAUAGCGCAGUCCGCUGACGAGGUCAAAAGAGCUUGGUAUUAUUGCAAGGCCUGCCACGAGGACAUCAAAGACGAAACGCUCAUCAAGAAGUGCAAAUGCAAAAACUUGACCGCGCACCAGCGGAAGGUUGGAGCCGACAUAGAUGUUGGAAUGAUGAUGAUGCAGACUGGGAUGGUGAAACAAAGUCUUAAUACGUACCGUGCUUGUCUCGACGAUGAUCACCAUCCUCCCCCCACCUUCACGCCGCCAGAGUUGCCCAAGAAGGUCCAUGUUCGAGGUGAAAUUGCGAGAGAAAGAGGGGAGGAUACUAGUUUAAUAAAUCGCAAUCAUCGGAGUGCGGCGCCGACAACGCUGCUGUCUCCGAGCGCGAACCAGCUGGUGAACACCACCACCACUAGGCAGGUCAACAAGGUGAAGCCCAACGUCAACAGGGCACCACCGGACACGAAUCCCCAGGAUCAAGAUACCAAUUACCAGGCCUAUCACCUUGCCUACGAAGUGAAAAAACUCAUGCCUACGAGUAGAAGCAGUGGUGGGAACCAAAACAGCAAUGGCGUCAGCCUGCCCGCGGGCCUGGCUGAUGACCAGUCGAAAGAUUUCGACUUCGAAAAGACUGAAAUGAAGUAUGACUCCACUGGAAUGUUCCAUUGGAGCCCUGCGAGGAAUUUGGAAGAUUGUAUUUUAGACCGAAAUCAGGCGGCCAUGACAGUUCUAAACGGGCACGUGGUAGUGUGUUUGUUCGCGGACCCUGACUCGCCGCUCAUUGGGUUACGGAACCUGGUGAUGCCGCUGCGGGCAUCCAACUUCCACUACCACGAGCUCAAGCACGUCGUCAUCGUGGGGAGCGUCGACUAUAUUAGAAGAGAGUGGAAGAUGUUGCAGAAUCUACCAAAGAUUUCUGUUUUGAAUGGUUCACCGCUAAGCCGGGCUGACUUGCGUGCAGUGAAUGUGAACUUGUGCGACAUGUGCUGUAUCCUGUCGGCGAAGGUGCCAUCAAACGAUGACCCGACGCUGGCCGACAAGGAAGCUAUCUUGGCUUCGCUGAACAUCAAGGCGAUGACGUUCGACGACACGAUAGGAGUGCUGAGCGCCGGCGUCACCAACGGCAGCAGCGCGGCGCCGCCCCCGCCUGGCGCGCCGCCCGCGCCCGUCUUACUGCAGCGCAGGGGGUCCGUCUAUGGUGCCAAUGUGCCUAUGAUUACUGAGUUGGUGAACGACAGUAACGUGCAGUUCCUGGACCAGGACGACGACGAUGACCCGGACACGGAGCUGUACCUGACGCAGCCCUUCGCGUGCGGUACAGCCUUCGCCGUCAGUGUACUCGACUCACUUAUGUCCACCACGUAUUUCAACCAAAAUGCCUUAACGUUGAUCCGCUCGUUGAUCACGGGCGGCGCGACGCCAGAGCUGGAGCUCAUCCUGGCCGAGGGCGCGGGGCUGCGCGGCGGGUACUCCACGCCAGAGAGCUUAGCUAAUAGGUAA